AUGAGGCUGUACGCAAUAGGUGAUCUUCACCUCAGCUACCCGGCCAACCGUGACGCCUGGUCUGAGCUCGACCUCCAUCUCGACGACGGGCUGAUCCUGUGUGGCGACAUUGGUGAGAAGGCAGACCAACUCGAGCUCGCCUUCUCCACCGCAACCAAGUGCUUCAGAGAGGUCUUCUGGUGUCCUGGAAACCACGAGCUCUAUACUCUCGCCUCGUCGGCUGGAUCCCUGCCACAGCCACGUGGGGAGGCAAAGUAUAACCAGUGCGUUGCCAUCGCUCGGAAGUACGGAGUGCAUACUCCCGAGGACGAGUUUUUCGUCUGGGAAGGUGAAGGGGGGCCCGUCUUGAUUGCUCCAAUAUUCACCCUGUACGACUACUCAUUCCGGCCAGAUCAUAUCAAGGAUAAGGCGGAGGCCUUGAAAUGGGCUGAGGAGAUGGACACGGUGGCGACGGACGAGUUCAUCUUGCAUCCAGAUCCUUAUCCAUCUCGCGAGCAAUGGUGCGAGGCCCUUGUCGAGAACACGCAGGCCAAGCUUGAGACGGCCACGAAUCGUGGCCUGCCCUUGAUCCUCAUCAACCACUGGCCGCUGCGCGAGGAUCUCAUAUGGAUACCCAGGGUCCCCAGAUUUACGCUAUGGUGCGGCACAAAGAAGACGGAGGACUGGCACAAGAGAUACAACGCCAAGGUCGUGGUCUCUGGCCACCUGCACGUAAGAAGGACAGACUGGAAGGACGGUGUGAGAUUCGAGGAGUGCAGCUGGGGCUACCCGAGGCAGUGGGAUGACGUGAGGAAGUCUGGCAAAGAUAUCAACUCGUUGCUGAGGGAGAUCUUGCCAGGCCCGCCGAAACCAGAUGGGGAUGUGAUACCAACCCAGUGGAGGAGAUGGGGCUACACUGCCACGACAGACCACGACCUGCACCGCAUCCGACGCGAACCCCUCAGGAAGAAGUUCUCCGUGGCUCACGUGUCGAAGCUGCAAGCGGAGGUGCAUGCCCUCGCACAGCACCUUGGGGAUAAGAUACUCGCCAGCAGGGCAGUCUUCGACGUCCAGGAUGCAAUGAGCUGCCUCACCUCGGACGUCGCGUCUCUGCAGGUGUUUGGCGAGCCAUUCGGCUUCGUCGAACAGCAGCAGGGGUUCCAGCCAAACCUGGAGCGUGCAAGCUACGCCAUCUUCACGACCUAUUUUGUCUUUCGGUGGGUCCAGCCGCUGAAGUGGUUGUUUGGCUACGGGGGCAGCUGGUUAGCACGCUUUAUGCCAGAGGAAGUGGCUCAGUUCCAGCACCUCAAUGACGUAGAAUUCCCCCGCAAGUUCCGGCAGGCCAAGGCCGAGCACGAGGCGGGUGUCAUCAAGCAGGGCCAGUCGGUGUUAGAUGUCCUUCUCGAGUCGGACUUGCCCGAGCAGGAGAAGACGGCCGAGAGGGUCACGGGCGAAUAUGUUGCUAUCCUCCUUGCCGGUACGGAGACGACCAGCUGGGCCUUGACGGUCCUGACAUUAUACCUCCUUACGGACAGGGAAGUCCUCAAAAAGCUUACGACCGAGCUGAAGAGUGCGGUGGAUUCACCGUCUCAGCUUCCCCGGUGGUCUACUUUGGAGCAGCUACCUUACCUCAACGCCGUUAUUCACGAGGGUCUUCGUCUCUCGUCUGGCGUGACACAAAGGCUGCCACGCGUGCCGACCCAAGAAGACCUGCUUUAUUACGGAUCGUGGGCGCCGGUGAAAUCUAAUACUGCGCCCACUCCCAUCAGCUAUAUGAUACCGAGAGGGUACGCUGUCCACUAUGGGCCCGCUGCGUCUGCGACGAAGGUGACAUGGGUGCUCCUUAUAGCACGCCUGUUUGCUGUGAAGGAGCGCGUCUCCAAGGCACUGCGGUGGUUCAUAACUGGCCUUGCGGUCGUAUACUCAGGUAUCCAGAUCCUCAAGGUCAUGGUCUUCACACCUAUUUCAGUCUACUGGGAAAUCACGGCCAAUGUUGGAGUAAACGGGCGGGAUGUUAAUUGCCUUAACCAGUCGUGCAUCUUUAUUGCCGACAUAUCGGUGGCUGGACUGAUUGACUUCAUCAUCCGCAUCGUCCCUAUUCCUUUGGCUUUGUCUAUGCGUUCGCUUUCUUUGAAGCACAAAAUGCAGAUAAUACUGCUGCUCAGUGCCAGGGGAGCUGCGUGA